GAUUUGGGCACUGCUUGGAACACAGUGAAUACACGAUAAAACCUCAGCUUUGGUUCCGUAUGAUUUGUCAACUCGCAUUAAGGUUGAUAAAGUUCCUCUCUUUGGGUUCGAGUUUGGUAGCAUUAGUGGCGGUUUCUGUGCGAGAUUUUGCCGAUUGUCUGAAGUUUCCGUUCACAACUCCAUCAGUCCAUUAGCUUUGAAUUUCAAAUCCAGAGACACUGAGCCAGCAUUGAUGAGUUUGAUGACUGAUGAGAUACACCAAAGUCGAGAACUGAGUCUCAAUAAUUUUUCCCCACAUCUUUGAACCACAUAACUAAUUGAGCAAAAGCUGCAACAAAUAUUGACAACCAGUGUGGUUUGAACGUUUGGUGGGUUGCCUAUCUUCUUUUUCCAUGGCCAACUUGAUUCGCGCUAAUUUGGACAAUGAAAUGGUCAAAGCUGUUGCUGCAGUUGUCUUCAAGGGGCACUGGGACAAUCUUUUGAAGCCUAAGAUUGGUUCAUCUGUGACUUCCACCACUAUUCGCCAAGCUCUUCUUCAUAUAUCACAAUAUUAUUUCUCCCUCUCAUGGUCAUUCUUUCAGUGGGCUGAAUCAGUUCCCAGUCACAAGCAUUCGUUGCAAUCCUCUUGGACUAUGAUGUACAUACUCACCAAACAAAAACACUUCAAAACUGCACAAGACAUGCUUCAGAAGGUGGCGGUCAAAAACUUUUUAUCGUCACCGACAGUUCUGAAUGCGCUUGUGAGAUCUAAUAUGAAUAAUGAUGUGAACUCACAUCUUUUAAGUUGGUUGGUGAUAUUCUAUGCUAAUUCAAAACUACCCCAUGAUGCAAUUCAAGUUUUUGAGCAUAUGAGAGUUUGUAAGCUUAUGCCCCAUACACAUGCUUGUUCUACCCUUCUGAAUUCAUUGGUCAAGGAUGGGUUGACUGAUACUUUGUGGAAAAUUUACAAAAAGAUGCAAAAAAUAGGGGUCCUUCCAAAUAUCUAUAUCUAUAACGUGCUUAUGCAUGCCUGUUGUAAGUCUGGUGAUGUAGAGCGGGCUGAUGAUUUAUUGAGAGAAAUGGAGUUUAAAGCUACACUGCCUGACCUUUACACUUAUAACACAUUGAUAUCAUUGUACUGCAAGAAAGGCAUGCAUUAUGAAGCUUUGUGCGUGCAGGAUAGGAUGGAAAGAGCAGGAGUAUGUCCUGAUAUUGUAACCUAUAAUUCCUUAAUUUACAGUUACUGCAGGGAAGGGAGGAUGAGGGAGGCUAUGAGACUUUUCAAGGAAAUUAAAGGUUCUACGACUAACCUGGUUACUUACACCACAUUGAUAGAUGGAUAUUGCAGAGCCAACAAUGUUGCUGAAGCUUUAAGAUUGAAAGGCGCAAUGGAGACAAAGGGUUUGUAUCCCGGGGUUGUUACUUACAACUCAAUUCUUCGGAAAUUGUGUGAGCAAGGCCAGAUGAAGGAUGCAAAUAUACUAUUAAAUGAGAUGAAUGAGAAGAAAGUCAUACCUGAUAAUGUGACUUGCAACACUUUGAUUAAUGGUUACUGCAAGAUCGGGGAUAUGGAAUCUGCUCUUAAGGUGAAAAAUAAGAUGUUGGAAGGUGGACUAAAACCUGACCGCUUUACUUACAAUGCUAUGAUUCAUGGAUUUUGUAAAGUAAAGGAUACGGAUGGGGCCAAAGAAGUAUUAUUUGACAUGGUUAGGGUUGGACUUUCUCCUAGCUACUGCUCAUAUUCGUGGCUUGUGGAUGCUUACUGCCAUCUGAAUAAUGAGGUAGCUGUUGUCUCAUUGCCAGAUGAGUUUGCGAAAGGAGGUCAUCUUGUUGAUGUUUCCUUUUAUAGGGCAAUUAUAAGGAGGUUGUGUAGGAGAGGUAAAAUUGAUGGUGCUGAAAAAGUUUUCCACAUUAUGCAAACAAAGGGAGUGCUUGGAGAUAGUCUAAUAUAUGCUACUCUUGCAUAUGCUUUCUUUAUGGCAGGGAAGGUUGAUGCUGCAUCAUAUUUGUUAGACGACAUGUACAAAAGAAGGCUAAUGAUAACCCUAAAAAUGUACAAAAGUUUUAAUGCUUCUUACUCUGAUGAGAAUACCCUUUUAAAUAUGUUUUGGAGUAAUGUGGUUCAAAGAGGUCUGAUUUCCAGAACUGUUUACGAUGAAAUCCAGUCAUGCAAUUCUUAGAUAUCGGGCUUGUGCAUUUCCAGGAAUUGCAGAUCAUUGUACAUUGUUUGGUGUAAAUAUCGGAUGCGGGCAAGUUUUUACCUGAACAAACCAAAGAAGCACUCCAACAGAAAAGAAGAACUAGGAAAGAAUUAGCAGAUUGGAGAAUGCCUGCUCAACAACAGCACCGAAUAAUAAACAAGCCCUAUACAAAUUUGAGAAGAGAUGAAUGUGAACACACAGUACCCUGCCGACUAAUACAAAAGAGCAAAGGUAGACUCUAUGUUGGAUUGGCAUCACUCAAACUUGCGUCAUGGCACAGCUGGAUAUAUCUUUGAUACUGUUCUCGCUCCUGCUUUUGGGUUGACUUUGAAUCCACAAGCAGCAGCAGAAGCUGAGAAAGUCCUUUUGGCAUCUCUUGCUAAUAUCGAGUCUGUUUGGAUCCAGAAAAAAGGGCGACUUUUGCUUGGGAGUGGCCAACCUUCAAUUGCAGAUCUUAGCUUAGUGCGUGAGCUCAUGGAACUUGAGAGCAUUCUUGGACAGAUGAAGGCUGUCAGUGGUUCUUGGUUUCUCCGCAGGCAUUCAAUCCGUAAUUUUGACAUGUGAGUGUGUGCCCAUUCGAGGGGGACCGGAGGUAGUUUAAUUGAUGAAGCAAAAAAGAAAGACAAUUUUGUUGUGGCCAACGAUGAAGAAGUAGAAGGUAUAAUCUGUACCCAGGCAAUCAAUUGGAGGGGUUAGGUGUGUAGGAUGGACUCUAUUUCUUUCCUCCACUGGUGUAUUCUUGCGUGUUUAUGUAUAAGGUGUAUAAUGAAAGUAGUAAGUUGCAGGAAAUCACAAUUAGUGUCCCGCACAAGUUGAAGUUUGCGUAAAGUAGCACAAGUGUAUUUAUUCUAAGCACUGAAAGAUUGAACGUUAUAAAAUGUAGCAGCAACGAAGGAGAACUAAUGCAUGGAUUCAGUAGCUGUUGAAUGUAGUCUCAACAAAUUUUGGAAUAGAGAAAGGGUAAAGAGAUAUUUGCAGUAAAAUUAGAUACGUGGCAAGCCAUAAGAAUGAACAAUAAGCUUGCAAAAAAAGUCAAAGGAGGCAGUCUUUGACACAUGAGAACUUAAACAAGAGGAAGCCCAAUCUACAUUCUAGUUGCUAUUUAUGUGAAGAACAGGUGGAGACAGUCAACCAUCUUUUUUUACACUGCAAAUGGACAGAUCAAUUGUGCCAAAAGAGGAAGAUCAAGUGGACAAAGCUUGGGAGAAUUAUAAAAGUCCUAAAAUGCUGGAACAGGGAUGGGAUGGAAAUGCAGGAAAGAAAGAGAAGAGAUGAAGGAUUGUCCCAGCUUGCAUUUGGUGGAGAAUUUGGAAGAAAAGGAAUCAAAGAUGUUUUGAAGGAAAACAGAACAAUAUCCAGAAGAUAAAGACAAAUUGCCUAGGGCUUUCUAUUUUUGGCAAAGCACAAGCAUUUGAAACCAAGGCAAAGGAUAUGCAGUGUGAAUUAACUACAGCAAAAGACAAGCUGGAAAAAUCAAGGACAGAAAUCCAUGGCACAUGAUCAGAGAGAGGUAACAUCUACCCCGAAUUCACCUUUAUUGUCAUUGGCCAAGCAAAUUGAGAAGGAAAAACAUGUGUUUGUCGGUUGAAAAAAUGCCAUUCAGAACUUGCAAAAUCAAAGAGGUGUUGAAGUGAUUUCAACAAAAGAUUUUCCACCCGUUUCUCUUGGGAAACAACUAGAGAAGGAAAAGUGCAUGUUUAUGCACUGUCUGAGGGAAAAUCGCGGAGCCAAUGACAGCAGUGGUAGAUCAGAACUUUCUUCUGUUGGGAUAAGAACAGAACGUUCUUGCAGCAAAAAAUCAGGAGUACUAAAAAAGCCACCAUUUAGAGAUGUUGGGAAUUCAUCACCAUUAUUGGUGAGGCAAAACAGUAAAGCAGUUUAUCCUUUGCACAACCCUUAAAGCUAAGUAAGCCAAAUGUCUCUUUGUUUUAGAAUUUUUGUCAUGUUAUUUGUCUUCUUCAAGUGAUUUUUGCUUAGUAUUGAUUGGUGGAAGCCUUUUGUAGAGCAAACAGUUUUGGUAGUAAUAAGAGUAUUUGCAUUGCUAA